UAGAUUCCCCACGACCCCCACUUCGCUUCCGGUUGCGUCCUGCAGAUAGUGCACGCCCACCACACCCACCCACACGGCAUUAGCAAACAGAUUCGUUUUGAAACAACAGAUGUCUCCAAUAACUCCACGUUGAAAAACAACACGGCUUGUAGCAGAAGGAUGACAAGUGGAGAAUCGUCCAAAAUGGCGUCUAGCAGCGUCUGCCACGAAACUGCCACAAAAUUUUAAUUUUGUGGCCUGUUUUUGACAAACUGGCAGAAGACUUGUUCAAGAUCUAGCAUCUGCUACCCAUCAGCUCACCUCAGCUCGUUGUUUGUGAAGCAUUCAUUAUGAGGAGUUUGGAGUUGAAUUUCACUCGAGGAGUUGCGGACAUAGUACUUGAUGGUGCAUGGAUGCUGCAUCACUUGCGGCUGAUUGGAGCAUGGUGUCAGCUGCAUCUCUUCAUAACAACAAGUCAUCUCCCUUUGGUGCUGGUUCCUUCUCUCAUCUUGUCUUCUAACUUAGUACAAAGGACUCUGGUGGUCCUUUUUAGUUUUGGCAUAAUGGUGUUAUAAACUUUAAGUCAUCUGUCCUGAAAAGUCUAGUCCUUUGGUGCCACUAGUGUAAAGUAAAGAAGUAAACCUUUCAAACCAUUUUUGAAUUCAAAUAUUGGUGAAUGUAAAAUUCUAACAGUCCAAUUGUUGGUUAAGGGUGUGUAAAUCUUGUAACAUAAUCGCCAUGACUCGUGCAAGUGCUCGUUCCAAGGCCAAAGCAGUCCAGGUAGGAGGCGCUGAGGAAAGCAAAGAAAAUACCAAAGAGACCAAGAAGCAUAGUAAAAAUGCCAAAGAAGCUACUAAAAAUACCAAAGUAUCUUCAAAUGAGGGGCCUGCCAAAGCCGUAACCCAAGCAAAACCAAGACCUCCCGUAAGGAGUAUUGUCAAGGAAGAAAACCUUGAGCUAGCUGCAGAAUUAGAGGCCUUAUUGAAGAAGGUCAAUGUUGAAGCAUCUGAAGUCAAUCUUCGCUUCAAGGCAGAGGGCGAAGAGGAUGAUGAAGAGGAUGAAGAGGAGGAGGAGGAGGAGGAGGAGGAGGAAGAAGAAGACGAGUUGGAUGAUGAAGCAGAUAAAGAAGAGGAUGAUGUAGACGAAGAUGGAGAUGAAGAUGAUGAUGAAGAAGAGGAUGAUGAUGAGGAUGAAAUUGUUGCUAGUCCUGAUGGAAAAGAAAAGAAAGAAUCUGAUGUUGGUUAUCAGUGUGCUUUUUGUGAAUACACAUUCACUCGUAAGAGUAUGUUGAAACGGCAUGUUCGUAUCCACACAGGUGAGAGGCCCUACGCUUGUGAUAAGUGUGAUGCUAAAUUCACUCAGCAAGGAGGUUUGAAGACGCAUAUGUUAUGUAAACACCGAGAUCAGAUCGAUCAAAAAGAUAAAAUUAUGUAUCAGUGCCAUCAUUGUGAUCGAUCAUUUGUCAUCAAAGAGAGACUGCGUAUUCAUCUACGCGUUCAUACUGGUGAAUUGCCAUAUGUUUGUCAUAUUUGUUCUAAGAAGUUCCGACGUAAUGGUGGCCUUCUUCAACAUCUUCGAAGGCAUGUUGGCAUGCGUCCCUAUACCUGCGAAAUUUGCAAAGCAUCUUAUUAUAAUUCAACUAAUUUAAAGACGCACAUGAAACGCCAUUUAGGUGUACAAGAUUACGUAUGUGAUCUCUGUGGAAAGGGCUUCACAAGGAGAGAUGGUCUCCGGAAACAUCUAGCUUGCCUUCAUUACGACCAAUGCGCAUUCAGGUGCUCCAUCUGCAAUAAGUCGUUUAAGGGGCACAUUUUGUCCCACUUGCGAAUGCACUUAAAAGAAAAGCCGUUUAAAUGUGACAUUUGUGGCAUGCGUUUUGUGCAGAGCUCACAACUUGUUGUCCACACAAGAACACACACUGGAGCAAAGCCUUACCCCUGCCAAAUUUGCAAAGUUGCCUUUUCUCAUUCCUCUGCUUUACGAAUGCAUAUUAGAAGGCACACUGGUGAAAAGCCUGUGAAAUGUAUGCUUUGUCCAGCUGCAUUUGUGCAGCUUCCUCACCUCAAGAAGCACAUGCGGUGCAUCCACAAGUCUGACAAGCCGUAUGUAUGUGUUCCUUGCAACAGUUUCUUUAAGAAGAAAGUAGAGCUUGAGGAGCAUAUGAAGGCUGUAGGAUGUGUCCCACCUCCUGCUCCAGAAGCCACUUCAACAGAAAAAACUUCAGAGACGAAUAAGCCGGCCAAAAAAUCAAGAAAGAGGUCUUCUAAGGCAAAUGGAAAGAGUGAAGAUGCAAUCCCACAAAAGCAGGCAAAGAUAGAACCUGCCCAUGUUAAUCUUGCUGUGAUGAAUGAAGACAGUGAGCAUGAAAUGAGAGAGAACGAUGCUCCUGAGGAAGACGUCCAGGAUCUACCAAAUCUUAAAGGAGCUAAAGUUGUUAGUGCCUUCAAGCACCAACAGUUUUAUGAGAGAAAUAUAGAGAGCCAAGCUGCCAUUGGGAAGUCUAGAAACAAGCCCACUGCAACUUGCACCAGUCUAAAACCCAAUACUUCUGUUGGAAAAGCCAAAGACCCUACUCCUGGUAAGAAAUUUGAGGUUUCAAAUGGUACAGAAAUUACUCCCAAAGUUACCUCUUCCAUAAUGUCUCGGCAGACCCGAUCUCGAGGCAAAAGAAGUUUGUUAGAUGCUGUGAAGACCAAGACCAAGACACCUGAAGUGAACCCUGUAAAUGAUGUACAAGCAAUGGCUUUAAUGAAUUCGCCCUCAUCUUCUAGAAGGUCAAGCUGUGAAAGCAAAAUCCCAGCUCUCAUACCACUUUCUCGGUCGGGGUCUGUUUGUGAGGAUGUCACUGUCAUCAAAGAUGAUAGGUGUGGCAGCCCUAUUUGCGAGCCCCUGAGAUCUGUGGACCAACCCACAUCUGGCAUGGUGGAGGACAUGAUGCGGAAGGUAACAGAGCGUCUGAAGAUGGGCACCAAGACACCAGUGGUGCCGAGAAACCAGCCAAUGCCGCUAGAGAAGAUUCGAAUGCUGCUGGCCAUUCUGCUCACCCGCAUCUCAACAACAGGGCGACUUGAAGCUUUAGGUUUCGGUAGAAUUUUGAUUGAUAAAGUUCUGUGUGCAUCAAUUGUAAGCUCUGGUCGUGUGCCAUGUGAUCAAGAUGGCUUGACUGAACGAGAAAUCAUUCUAAAGAAUGUUCAGAUACUUUUGGAGUGGACUGUACCAAAGUUGUACAUGGAGCGCUUCAAGCGAGAAAAUCGGUCUACCGAAGAUUUACUAGAAGAGUUGACAUCAUGAAUUUCCCUAGUGCAAUCAUUGCUUUAUUUUGAUUUAUUUGCUGUGUUACUAUGUGUUCAGAAUUUAAAGGUAAACCAAAGAUGUGAAUUAUUGUAAAAUUUCUUCUUUAUACUAAGCUUACUUCUUUCUUGAACACAUUUCUUUAAUGUUGUUCAAUGUUGGUACAAUGUAAUAAGCAAAGUUGCAAGUUCAUGUUAUGUUCUGGCAAUGGCAGCAAAAAUUUUAGUGUUUAGUGUAGUGCUUAUGAUCAUAUCUUCACCUUCCCUGUGGCCAUGCUGUGGCUAAUAGUUUCAUGACAAUUGAUAGAUUGAAAAACAGAAUGGCUCUGUGAGUGUUGAAAAUUUACUUGCCAGUGAAUGUGAUAAUGGAAAUUAAUUGUCCUCAAUGUUCUUGCCUUGUUCAACUAAAAGACAUACUAAGUGAAUGGAUGUAAAUUAGUUCAUCUCCAGUCUAUUACAUUAUAAUUAUUCCAUUCUUAUCCAAGAAGUAUAGUUCGAAAAUUAGUGUGUAGGGUGUUUGAAAAUUCAACCAAUUACUUUAAAAUUUUGUUUUUUAGUGUACUAUGCAUUUCUGUGUCACCAUCUUCAAUCCAUUAUGAAUGGAAUAUUUAUUUGUAGCUGAUACAAUUUAGUCAUCAGAGAAUUCUGAUUGUGUGAUUAUGUGUAUGUAGGUAUGUUUUUCCUCCUUUUCUACAAGUGUGUGUGUUUUCUAGACAAAUCCUGAUUUACUUAUUCAAAACUUGAAAAGCUGCAUUGCAAUCUAUCCCUGAUAUUGUGUAUAGACAAUGCUUUGGAGGACAUCAUCUAUAAAAUACACAUCCUUGAGUGGUCGCACAAAAGCUACCAUUGUUGAGUUAACAUUUUACAUAUCUGUUGUUAAAUUUUUAUUUGUGUGCAAAAUUCUUGUCAUAUUUUUAAGUGAAACAAUUUUUAAUGCAAAGAUACGCCUAAUUUACCUGUAAAUCAAGUUAUUGGUUCCUUGCUAUUGAUUUUUCAUCAUUUUAUUUGUUGUUAAUUUGUUAGUUUUUCAUGUGAUUGAUUCAUUUCAUUCAUUCUUCUGGAAGUUAUCUGAUCUUCCAACAGUUUUACAUUAGCUUCUUAGUGUUUUGUUUCUUUCCUCUUUUGUUAAACCUAAGUUAAAAUUAUCUAUUUACUCCUUUCAUAUUUUGAGGCCUGAUGCAUGUUCAUAAUAGAGAGUGAGCUUCAGAAUAUAUUUGUACUCUUUGGGGAAUUUUAUUCUGGUGGAGGUAUUUCUUGUCUGCACAUUUACUACAACUUUCUUUCUGACUGACCAAAGAAGCAUGAAGUACAAAACUUUUAAAGACACAAACUAAUCUAAAGCUUUUAUAAUUCUCAGUGGUGUGGUUUUAUUGGUGGUGGUGUAUUCUUCACUAGUUUAUGCAUUACCAUUCAAAACAAAGUUGUGCCAUCUUUCUACAUCUUGCCACCUGCACUCUCUGGGUAGGUCUAGUCACUUUCUGAUUCGUAUUGGUGGUAAAGCAUAACCACUCCUUUUAAUUGUGGUGUUAAACUUUACUUACCAGGCUGUCUAAAUGCAUUCUUCCUCUCUCUAUUUAAACAAUUAAAAAGCAGGAAUUUAAAUUGUUUUAUUAACUAUUGUUGUUAGUUUUUUAAAAAGUUCAGUGCCAAGUUUAUUUUCCUUUUCUUCCCUCCGUUAUUGUCCCCACCGCGCACAUGCUCCAGUUUAAUUUGCCAUCUUUGUGUAAAACAAUCUGCACGCUUUUUGUAAGUGGCAUUUUGUACUAGUUGUGUAGUUUCCUAGGAACCGUUUCUCUUGGGAAGUAAAAUUCAAUUUGAUGUUAGUGUAUUUUUUGAUCUCACCUAAGCUUGUCAUAUUGUUUGUUCUAGCACAAUCAGUGAUUAAUUUUCCUUCGACUUUUUAAAUUUGUGUGGGUGAGCUGCUCGCCAAGAAGUGUCAAGUUUUACUAAACUCUGACUUUUCCUGGAAAUACUAGGUAUUGAAUUGCACAUACAUUUGAAUGUUUAAGACUGCUAUGAAAAUCAGAAUUAAGCAAGAAUACCACACCAGGAAGCACUAAAAAAUUAUUUGUCUGAUGCUAUAGCUAGAUAUUGUGGGUAGAUUUCUUGUUUAAGUAUUACUUGUCAUUUGUGUUCUCAAUGGACAGCGUGCCAAAAUUGCCAUCGUACAGUGACUAAAUUUAGGGUGCUACUAGUGAUGAGGGCGGAGCAGCCAAGCAUGAAGUCUAAGUAAAAGUACAUGGAUUUAGUUAUGCUACUUGGCUUGUGAUUGGGAGCUGCUGUGCUGUUUUUUGUAAGUCAGGAACAAGAAAUUCAUGUUAGUCAAUGUAACUUAUACCAACUUGGAAUGAUGUGUUUGUGUUCACCAGUCACUUGCUAUGUAUUUCAUGUGUGGUUCUUAAAGAGAUAUAUAAAUUAAUAUAAUAUAUAUUAUAUGUGAAUGCUUUGUUAUAGUAAUUCAGAUGUAGACUUCUUAGUGUGCAGAAAUAAAACAAUUGUAAGUACAAGAA